AUGCACUUAACGCUGGUUGACACCUGCCGUAAAACCGAAGAAGAAGAACGUUCAUUAGGACCGCGGCGCACCUGCCCGCGCUCGUGACAGAUAUUCUUGCCUGAACAACAUUGAUGGAUUACUGUGCUGCUAACAGAAUGUGAGGUUAUCUACAGAAGUAGGUGAAAUCUUGUCUGAAUUUCAAAAUGUCUAAUUCGACAUUCAGGAUAUCCACUGACCAAAUUGCGAGCACAGUUCCUCUGGCCCACAGAGAGGCCCUCUGCUCUGAGAGUCAUUACAGCUCGUCACUGUCGCCUUCACCUGACUCCAACAGUAUUUCAAACCUGAGCGACAGAGAAGCCAACAGCUCCCCUGACAACAACGUGCUGGAGAUCUGCUUCAGCGACACCUCCUCUUUGGAUGACCCCUACAACACCGCCUUACUGAAAGGUGAUAUACUCUCUGGUGUAAGCAAGAACCUGAACGAAAAUUUUAUUGCCACACCUGUUAAUGGCAGUGUGAAUUUCUGGAAUGAAAACUUGAGUCUGAUGAGCGACCAUGAGACGGGAUCAAAAUCAAAGUUCAGUGAGAACACAGAAGACAGAAGUAACAGUGCAGUGAUGUCUCUAGACUCUGCUGGGAGGGAAAGCCGACAGAGUUCAGGUGAGACGUCCCGUAGAGGAUCCACUGAGAAUGACUUCUGCUCCCUGAGCUCUGGGGAAAUGGUAUUAAGAAGCAACAGUUUUUGUCUGGCAGAUCAGUCACUGUUGGUCUCUUCCCUGGAAGAGUCAUCUAUGUCUCUGACAGCGAGCCAUCCAGCAUUGCCUGCUGAAUCUAACCUGUUGUCAACCACUCUGCCAAAUGUCCUUGAAAAAUCCACAGAAGGAGUCAUCGAGGAAAACAUGGGCCAUUGGACUCUUGGCAUGACUUUCACUGAGGCACAGCUCUCCACUGAGGAAAAUAAUAUGGAAACAUCUAACUCUCUUGUAGCUCUGCCAAGUGAGAACAAGGGAAGUCUUUUGAUGACCUUUGUCUGUGAAACAUCUGCAAAUUGUGGAAAAGGGGUUCAGUUAGCUAGUGCUGAAGCAGAGCCACUGAUCCGGUUCCCUGCAGCAUUUACACCAGAACAAGGUGAUAAGUUUGUGCCCUCUCUGUCAGCUAUGCAAGACACUGAUGAGGGUAUUCAUACUUCCACUCCCGUACAAAACAUUGGGAACACAAUAGCCAGCCUCCCCUCCUUUUCAGUGUCUCCCUGUACUAGAAAUGCAGGUAACCCAGGACUCCACCCUGUUAAAUGGCAGCAAAUCUCUUUAACUCCUAACAGUUUGGUUGCAGCCAGCAAGGUCAAGAAAAUAGAAAUUAAGAAGUUUCCCAAGUCAGACUUCAGCAGCGUAAAAUCAAAAGUUGUGACAGGAAAUUUGCAUCAAAUGUCAGUGUCGGGUUCCGCUUCACAGCACAAACCAUCACAAGUUAACAUGAACAAUAACCACACUGAAGCACAAAGAGGAGCAACUAACAGGAUUAGUCCUACAAAGUUAAGGAGUCGAACUGCAGUUGUCUCUACUACCACUAAAAUUGUCAAUGCUGCUCAGAGACGAGUUAAUACAGGGGCGGCUAAUUUGGGUGUGACACAGUUAUCUGCAGUCCAAUGCAUUAAUGCCAGCUCUGCAACAGAACAGGCAGCCUCAAGCCAAGAAGCAGACACCGCACAGCAUUCUGGCAACCAGACCUUUUGCUUCUCAUCCAUAGAAAAAUCCCCUGAUAGAAGUGGCCAAACAGAUCCGGAAACAAUUCCAAAAAAGGGCGUGUUAAACAAAAUUGAGGUCACAACAGGCUCAGCUUUAGGCCAGAACAAGCCUGCCGUGCUCAAGACGCAGCCUCGCUGCUCAUCGGAGGGUUCAUCAUUGUCAUCUAGGACACCCAGGGAGAAGAGAACGAUUCCAAGGUUUUCUACUAGCACAAAAGGACCUGCUAAAAACUCAACAAGAGAGGUUAAGAGGAUCAGCCUGGUGGCAAAGUCCAGCAAAUCGACAACAACAGGAGCCUCAUGGGAUGAGAGUAAGAGCAGAUUUCAAGGACUGCCAUCUCCUAGACAAACAAGAGUAGCCCAACUUUCACAACCUCCUGCUGCCAGUCCCAGACCAGCCACGCUGUCGACCAGGCAGAGGCAGGCAUCCUGGGGGAGGGAUGAAUACAGGACCUCCAAAGCUGUAGGGACACCUCAGUCCAAGCUGAAAAGCAGCACAGGCAGUCAGAGAGUGCAGGCAGGAGAGCCAUCCGUUGGAAGUGCAGCAACAGCAAGCACAAAGCCUCAACUGAAUGGAUUCCGACCUCCUUAUACUCCCACUCGGCCCUCUCUCAUGGGCCCUCCCCCAACUUCUACUUCUAGACUACCACGCAUGAUCCCGAGGCCAUCCAGGAGCCUUACUGAGGCCGGUGUUCACACUGAGCAGAGUGAAGUUUCUGGAGGAGCUGCACAUAAACCAUCCCCAUUCAAAGCUGCUGUGCUGAAAGCGAUACUCAUCACAACAACCUCUGGGAAAAACACUGGACCAUUGGACAAAAACAAACCCAAGGCCGGCUCCCGCCCGCAGCACCGUCAGCCGCAAGCGUCCCAACCAAACCAGCGUAACAGACCUCCAGAUGUGGUGCCAGCGAGUGUCGCAGAGGGCGGGAGAAAGGACCAGAGCAUCCAGCAGCUCAGAGGACUCCUGGCAGCGAGUAACUGCAGAUUUGAGGCCGUCGCCAUCGUUCUGCAGCAAACUUUGGCUGAGCGUGAUGAAGCCACAAGGCAGUGCAGAGAUCUGUCCCAGGAGCUGGUCAACCUUCAAGGAGAGCUGGUUUGCUCCGUCCAUUCAUCUGAACGUCUGGAGAAGGAGAAGGAUGAGUUGUGUGCUGCUCUGGAGGAUGCUGUGCACAAGCUGCAGGAGCAGCACCAGCAGGAUCUGGUCGAGGUGGAGCAGAGAGUGCAGGCCUUCUACCAGACGAAGUGGGACAAAGUCCAGCUCACCUUCCACGAGGAGACUGACAAGUGCAGGACUCUCAUGCAACAGCAGAUGGGAGAGCUUGAAGCCAAUCAUGAAGCCAUGAAGCUGAAACUAGAGAGCAGCCAUGCAGAGCAGCUGCAGUCUGUUAAACAGCAGUGUGAAACGUCACUGGAAGAGCUCAGCAAAGUCCACAAUCAGGAGCUGCAGUCUUUGGACACAAGUUUAAAAGAGACGGGAGCCGCUCUAUCUGGACAGAUUGAAGGGCUGACUGUGGAGAACAAUGACCUGAUUGAGAAGCUCACUGCCAAAGAGAACAGGAGGAAACAGCUGGCCGAAAAGAGUCAGAAGGACUCGCACACCCUGUAUCUGGAGCAGGAGCUAGAGAGCCUCAAAGUGGUGCUGGAAAUAAAAAACAAACAGCUCCACCAGCAGGAGAAGAAGCUGAUGGAGAUAGACAAGCUGACAGAGAAAAAUGUGAAGUUGGACGAGAGCAUUAAGAAGGUCCAGCAGGAGAAUGAGGACCUGAGAGCCCGCAUGGAAAUACAUUAUUCACUGUCGAGGCAGCUGUCGACGGAGCAGGCCGUGCUGCAGGAGUCCCUUCAUAAGGAGUCCAAGAUGAACAAACGUUUGUCGAUGGAGAACGAGGAGCUGAUAUGGAAGCUCCACAACGGAGACCUGAGCAGCCCCUGCAAGAUGCAGUCCCCCACCUCCAGCCCUCCUGUCUCGCCCAGAUAACGAUGGGCCCCGCUUCCAGGAAGCACAGCCUCUCUUUUGAGUUAUCCCUCUGGAAUUAAGAGCCAUGUUUGUCUUCCUGUUUGCUUGGCAACACAACAGCCUGACUUCAGCUCCUUCAGGAUUGGAUGGACUCUGACACUUUCUGUACAGAGACGCUACAGACUCUAAAAAGUUGCACAGAAGCACUUAAUAAGCAAGGUCGCCUUGUUUUUGCCUUUCACAUCUGAUACUAUGGAUGGGGGGGGGGGGAAUCUCAGGACUUCUAUGUUAUGGUACACUAUUUGUAUUACUUGUUGGCAGCGGCUUGUCUGCCCUGACGCUCACACACACUCGCAGUACAUGCAGUAAAAGACACACACAUGCUUGUCAACACAUGUGCAGAUACAGCCCUGCUUUGUGAGAGAGGGCUCUUUUUGUGACCACAGCUUUGGAAAUCCAGAUGACACUGUCCCUCCUCAGAGAGCAUUCUAUUUGAAAUAUGCAUGGAAUAUGAAAUUGCUUCUGCCAGAUUCCUGCACCAUUUCUUACAGCUAACUGUGCAAGAGUGACAGUGAACUUAUCACAUUACUAACAUCCCGCUGCUCGUCGGUACACCAGGGCAGUACGAGCCUCAAUCUGUGUUCAGACUUUCUUUGAGGGUUUUGUUAAAGGUUGGGAUUUUUUACGCUGAGGUUGUCAGCUGAAGUAUCAUCUGUGGCCUCAAACAUGUUUUGUUUUCCAUAUUAGUUAGUUUGACCAAAGGACCAAUCCAAGUCUUUGUGCAUGUGUUUGAGUCUUGGUAAUAACCCCUCACUGAACCCUCCUAUUGCAGCUUUAAAGUCGGGGUCUUUUAUGUGGAAUUAUUAUUGGUUUGUUGACCCUGUUUGGAAUAUGCAAUUAAUAAAGUCUUGUAUUAAACCUGGUG